GCCAAACUUCCACCAGACCUGGCAAAACUCCUGAUUUGCUUUGUGGCUCAUGCGAAAACAGUUCUGCCAUGAAGACCCGCAGGCAGUUCUGCCGUGAAGACCCGCAUGGCAGGAUAGGACUGUUUGACUCAUGGUGAGCCCGCGUCUCUAUGAGCUUGGAACGCUGUCAGUGCUGGUCGCAUCACGCAGUGCAUGGGAGCUUUCGCAUGGCAUCACGUAUUUGGAUCCAAGCAGCCCAGUAUCACGCAAUUUGCAGAUUGGCGGAUACCAGGGCUUAGAGGAGCGUUGGUUGCUCGAAAAGAGUUUGCGAAUACCAAACCUGCCUGGCAGCAGCAGCUGCAUGCGACUCUCGAAGCUCCUGGCGCCCAGCUUCGCCCAGCAGCUCCUGGCACAGGUCCAGUCGCAGAGCUACGCGGUGGACAACGAUUCGGUGGACGGUUUGCCGUCCUUCGAGUACUAUCCGAUGAUCAAUGGAACGUGGAGCGAUGAAGAGCUGGGGAAGUUACUGCAACCCAUGGUCCAAGAGCUAAUUCUGCCAUAUGUCCGCAGCCGCUAUUCCUGUGAAGAGUGCACAGUGGCAGAGAUCCUGGUGAGGAGGUAUUUGUCCGAAGAGCGUCGGACACACAACCUCCACUUUGAUGGCCAUGCCUAUGCCACGGUGGUCCUGGGGCUCACUCCGCCCGAUGAGUAUGAAGGGGGUCUCUACAUCCAGCCGACACCUCACAGCAACUCUCGACGUUUCGUUCAACUGGAGCCCGGGGACUUGUUUGUACAUUCCUUCGAUUUGCAGCACGGCGUGCGGCUUUGGAGCGGCAGCCGCUACAGCUUGAUCUUUUGGAUAAAAUCCUCGCCGGCAGCCGUGGCCACUGGCACUACGCCCUGGUACCACCGCUCAGCGGCAGAGGGCGAUCCUGAUGCGAUGUACAACCUGGCGGGGCAGUUUCUGCAGGGCAUAGAAGGUGGGGUAGACGUGAUGGAGGCAUUGAGACUGUACGAAAAGGCGGCCAAGAUGGGACACUAUGGUGCUCAGCAUCACUUGAGUUUGAUGCUCUUGGAGGCAGCCGAACCCAACGAAUUGGUGCGUGCGGCCCGUGGGCUGCGCCACGCGGCCGACGCGGGCUUCGCACUGGCGCAGAAAAGCUUGGCCUUUGCCUAUGCGAACGGACAGGGCCUUUCACAAGAUCUAGCGAAAGCAGCUCACUGGAUGCUGCAAGCAGCUGAGCAAGACGACUUGGAAGCAGCCUAUGUGCUCUCGAGCAUGUACCGCCAUGGCCAGGGUUUUCCAACCAACAACCUGGAAGCGGAUCGCUGGCUGCGGGCAAGUGCGGAGGCCAACUAUGCGGAUGCCAUGCGCGAGAUUGCGGAACAGCAGCUGCGAGUCACACCAGCGAACUGGAGCGGCUACGAGUUUUGGCUUCGCCGAGCUGCACGGCAGCGGGACGCAGCGUCGAUGCGGCUUUUGGCAGAGCUGGUGCAGGAGCGAGGAGAUGGAGAAGCCGUGAGCCUUUGGCGGAAGCUGGUCAAGUUGGGCGACCCUGAGGCGCAAUGGCAGCUUGGAAGAUGCUACGCCACUGGCCGCGGCACCCUGCCAGUCAAGCCGGCGAAAGCACGAGCCUUGCUGCCUGGUCAGGGCCAAAAGGAUAUCCUGGCGAAGGAGUGCGUUUACAGUGGAAGGGUGUGAGUGAGAUUGAUUGACUAUCAAGGACAAAACCAACACAUUGUAAAGCCAUGUCGAUACCUCCGAACAAGUGUUAGUAUUUGCACUCGUGUGUCUUCACCUUGC